AUGAGCGCCCCUCCGCCGAACGAAGCUGAGAAGAAUAUCGAGAUCUGGAAGGUCAAGAAGCUGAUCAAGCGUCUUGAAGCUGCCCGUGGAAAUGGAACUUCCAUGAUCUCGCUCAUUAUUCCCCCCAAGGAUCAGAUCAGCAGAGCUGCAAAGAUGCUAGCUGAAGAGUACGGUACCGCCUCCAACAUUAAGUCGCGUGUGAACCGUCUCUCCGUGCUGUCGGCCAUUACCUCCACGCAGCAGCGUCUCAAGCUCUACAACAAGGUCCCUCCCAAUGGACUGGUCGUGUACUGUGGUGAAAUUAUCACCUCGGAAGGAAAGGAGCGCAAGAUUAACAUCGAUUUCGAGCCUUUCAAGCCUAUCAACACCUCACUGUACCUCUGUGACAACAAGUUCCACACCGAGGCACUGAGUGAACUGCUCGAGGCUGACCAGAAGUUCGGUUUCAUCGUCAUGGACGGUAACGGUACUCUGUUCGGUACCCUCAGUGGUAACACUCGUGAGAUCAUCCAGCGUCUCUCCGUUGAUCUCCCCAAGAAGCACGGACGUGGUGGUCAAUCCGCUCUGCGUUUCUCGCGUCUGCGUGAGGAAAAGCGCCACAACUACGUGCGUAAGAUUGCCGAAUUGGCUGUUCAGAACUACAUUACCAACGACAAGGUCAACGUCGCCGGUCUCGUCUUGGCUGGUUCUGCCGAUUUCAAGAACGACCUGAACCAGUCCGACCUGUUCGACGGUCGUCUGCAAGCUAAGGUCAUCAAGGUCGUUGAUGUUUCCUACGGUGGUGAGAACGGUUUCAACCAGGCCAUCGAGUUGGCCGGCGAGACACUGAGCAACGUCAAGUUCGUUCAGGAGAAGAAGCUCAUUGGCCAGUACUUCCAGGAGAUCAGCCAAGACACCGGCAGGGUCUGCUACGGUAUCGAAGAUACCCUCAAGGCGCUGGAGCUUGGUGCCGCUGAAAUCCUGAUUGUGCACGAGAACCUGGAGAUCACCCGCUGGGUGAUGAAGAACUCCGCUGGUGCCGAGGUUAUCGCCCACACCACCAAGGCCCAGGAGACCAACAACCGUGAGCUCUUCCAGGACAAGGAGACUGGACUGGAUAUGGAAGUUGUCGAUUCUGGCUCUUUCCUCGAGUGGCUUGCCGAGGCCUACAAGGACUUCGGUGCCAACCUGGAAUUCGUGUCUGACCGAUCCGGCGAAGGAAACCAGUUCGUCAAGGGAUUCGGUGGUAUCGGUGCCAUUCUCCGAUACAAGGUCAACUUUGAACAGCUUGCCGAUUACAGCGAUGACGAUGAGUUCUACGACGAUUGA